CAUGUCGUCGGGACCACCUUACCCGGUUAUCCUCUUCAGUCCAGAGCCAGAAAUUACUGCGAACAUUCUCAAUAUCUUGUGAUUGUCGUCACCAGAAUAACGGAACCUUCAGUGAGGGCAACAUUCAGAGACACUUACGGACGUUCAGAACAAAACUACAAUUUCACAGUAGUGUUCCCACUUGGCCUCUCUAAAGAUGAAAUGGUCAACACGGAUGUACGAGAGGAGUAUCAAUUGUAUGGUGAUAUACUACAGACAGAUUUUAUUGACAGCUACCGUAAUCUCACGCUGAAGACAUACUCGUAUUCAAAUUAUGUACGCCAUAAUUGUACAAACGUGAGAGCAGUACUAAAAGUGGACGACGAUCUUGCGUGGAAUGUAGGCCAGAUGUUCGAUUAUCUAUCAAAAAUCGAUACAGUCGGCUAUGUUCUCUAUUGUCGAUCGGUGGAAAAUCCUCUCGUGAAUCGUGACAUUCGACAACGAUGGUACGUUCAGAAGCACGAAUAUCCGUGCGAGCACUUUCCAGAGUACUGCCUCAGUCCUGUCUAUGCAGCUACACCGUCGACAAUAUCAGCAUUGGUCGAAGCGACCAACAAAGUGCCACAUCUCUGGCUCGACGACGUCUGGAGCCUUGGAAUCGUGGCCAAGAAGAUUUCGGCAUCGUUCCAGCCAUUGUCAUUCAACGUUGAACGCGAAAUCUUCGAGCCAUUUCUCAAUGGAAGCGUCAUUACACAAUACUUUGGACCCAAAGAAGAUGGAGUUAUGUUGUUCAACAGUGUGAAUAAGCAUCUGAUAUCUUAA